AUGCAACUCUUCCAACUCCUCACAACAGCCACCCUAGCGCUCAGCGCUCUGGCACAACAACGCGUAACCUUCCCCUCCGCCAACACCCAAAUCGUAGGCUACCACUACAAACCCUCUCGCCAAAACAACAACGCCCGUCCAGCACCCGCCGUUAUAAUCGCCCACGGCCUCGGAGGCCUCCAAUCCUCCCGCCUCCAACCCUACGCCGAACGCUUCUCCCAAGCAGGCUACCAUGCUCUAACCUUCGACUACCGCUACUGGGGCGAAUCAUCCGGCCAACCACGUAAUCUCAUCGAUGUCCCGAGUCAACAAUCCGACUAUGAAGCUGCCAUAGCUUACCUCCAGACUCUUCCAGGUGUCGAUGGGAAGCGGAUUGUUCUCUGGGGAACUUCGUUAUCAGGCGGACAUGUACUGCAACUCGGCGCUCGGAGACCAGAUUUGGCGGCCGUAAUCGUUCAAGCUCCACAUGUGAACGGUUUUGCGACGACUUCUGCUCUCCCUCCCGCGGACCUUCCUAGCAAAAUUGUCGCAGGCCUCGACGACGCCGGCCGAGCAACUCUUGGUCAGGAACCCCUCUAUAUCCCCCUCGCGAACCGUACAGGCCAACUCGGUGCUCUCACACAAGCAGGCGCAUUAGAAGGCUAUGCUUUCAUUCAACCUAAUCCUCCUGCUCCAGGAAACGUCUUCCCAGCAAGAUUCGUAUUGGCAUUGCCGUUCUUCAGCCCAGAUGCGACGGCUGCGAACAGUCAGCUGCCAACGUUCUUUGCCGUGGGAUUGGUAGAUAAUGUCACCCCGGCACCAGCUGCGAUUGCAUUGGCGAAAAGGAUGAACGCGACAUUGGUCGAAUUCCCAUCUGCAGGACAUUUCGAUGUUUAUCCUGGACUACCGGCUUAUGAGGAGAAUAUCCGACGACAGUCGGAAUUCCUGAAAACGAAUGUGCCCGUUUAA